AUGUCCACCGGUAGCAAUCCAAGAGAAGAGAAUGGCGAGUUCUGGCUAUUUGGCUACGGGAGCUUGAUUUGGAAACCCCCGCCAUCAUUUGAUAAACGAAUUCCAGGUUAUGUGACGGGAUACGUCCGGAGAUUUUGGCAGGUAUAUGUUCCUUCCAGUAUGUUUACUAGCUCGCACCCUGACUAUCAUCAGGCUAGAGGUACCCCGGAAGCUCCUGGUCGAGUGGUGACGUUAAUCGAGCGUUCGUUUUGGGAGACUCUCCAUGAUCCUCAUCCAGAUGCAAGCGACAAAGUAUGGGGAAUCGCUUACCGAAUCGAAAAGGCAAAAGUUGACGAGGUAAAGGACUAUUUGGAUAUUCGAGAAAUCAAUGGCUACUCAGUCCACUACACCCAGUUCUACCCGUCCGACGGCUCUGAUACCAUCAAUACUUUAGUUUAUAUAGGAACACCGGACAACGACCAAUUCAUGGGCCCGCAAGACCCUCAAAAGCUAGCAGAACACAUCCAUAGAAGCGUAGGACCAAGCGGCCCAAACAUCGACUACUUGUUGAGCUUAGAAGUCGCGUUAGAUUCUCUCAGCACGGAGAGCGGAGAUGAGCAUAUUAAGGAUCUCGCGAACCGAGUCCGGAAGACCCAGGCUGGAGUAAGUACGAAACAAGCUUUAGAUCGAGAGCUUGAGAAGAAUGGAAGCACAGAUGAACAAGAGGAGACAGAGAAGCCAGGUUUCGGAGACAGCAAAGCCAAAUAA